AGUUUGAGAAUUCGAGUUGUUAUGGGAAAAGACAGGAUCAGUGAGUUGCCUGAAGACUUGCUUCUAAAGAUACUGUCUUCCCUUCCAACAAAAACUGUCAUAGCCACAAGUGUUUUGUCUAAACGAUGGCUGUCUCUAUGGAAGUUGGUACCGAAACUCGAGUUCAACUCUGAGAAUUCGAGAACUGCAGAGAAUAUUGGCAGGUCUUUGCUUUUACAUAAAGCUCCAGUUCUAGAGAGUUUGCAUCUCACAGGUUUAUGUGAUGAUAUAGAUGUAGGACUAUGGGCUGGAAUUGCAUUUGCACGAAAUGUGCGUGAGUUCGUACUCCAAGUUUGGAUUUCCUUUUCCCUGCCAGUCCGAUUUCCGAGUAGCCUGCUUUUCUGUGAUACACUUGAUACCUUGAAACUCAAGAAUCCUCCGAUUCAGAUUGAUCUUCCUUCUCCAGUUUCUAUGAAGUCUCUUAGAACUCUUCACCUUGACUCUGUGACGUACAAAAACGAUGAAUCCAUUUGUAACCUUUUAUCUGGCUGCCCUAAUCUUGAAGAUUUGCUCGUGCAUCGAGCUUGCCCUAUUAAUUAUGUAAAGAAUUUUAUUAUUGUGGUUCCAUCUUUGAAGAGACUAUGGCUUCGUGAUCGCAUAAGUGGACAAGAUAUUGGGGGCUAUGUGAUAAACGCUCCUUCUUUGAAAUACUUGCAAAUUGAAAAGUUAAAAAGUUAUGAGCAUUGUCUGAUUGAGGAUGCGCCAGAGCUAGUUGAGGCAAAUAUUAGCAACAUUUCUAAGAUAGUCAAUGAGAAGAUUAUGGGAUCACUCAAGUCAGCCAAGCGUCUUUCCUUGGACUUAUCACCUUUGAAGAUUAAGUGUCCUGCUGGAGUGAUUUUCUAUCAGCUGAUAUAUCUAGAGAUGUAUACACAUAAAGCGGAGUGGUGGAAUCUACUUACGAUCAUGCUCGAGAGCUCUCCUAAACUACAAGUCCUCAAGCUCAUUGAUCAAAAACAGGAUUUUAGUAAAGAUGGUGUGGUUGGCGGGAAAUGGAAGAAGCCAAAGCGGGUUCCUAAGUGUUUAUUGUCCCACCUUGAGACAUUUGUCUGGAAAAAAUAUGAUUGGAGAAGAGAAGAAGAGAAAGGGGUGGCUACAUACAUUCUAAGGAAUGCAAGAUGUCUGAAGAAGGCAACUUUCUCCACAAGACCCAUUGACUGGAAAGAGAAGCUUCAAAUGCUCAAUGAGAUGAAUGGUGUGGUCAAGGCUUCAGAUUCAUGCCACCUUGUGUUUGAAUAA